UAUGUGUGUUCUGACAGACUGGAAGUGAAAACAGGAGUUACGUGUAAAUAAAACAAAAUAUUGCCAUAUAAAUAUAGUUACUGUGUUAGAGCGAGUGCGUUUAUUUCUGUCCUGUAUUGCAUGUUUACAGCAAUCAGAAAAUGUGGACAGUAAAUAAAAUAUAUUAGAUUUAAACGAUUGAUGACGAUGCAAACUAAUGGCUUAUUUUUAAAUACGCUAUGCUGGCUGUGUUGUUGUUACAUAGUUAUAUAGUCUUACUGUACCUAAAAAUAGACAAGGGGAGAUGUUGUGUCCGUGCUCAAUACGGCAAACUUAGAAAUGUAUUUUAAAUUGUAAAUAUUAAGAUAACAUUUGUUCUCUUUUCAACUACAGUAUGUAAAAGACACUUUUUUGUGCUAGGAAAUAAUAGUAUGUACAUGCAGAUAGACGGCAAAGUCCCUAAAAUGGGAGACAAAACCAGUCCAGUAAGUGUCAUACUGGUGAGCUCUGGUAGCAGGGGAAAUAAACUGCUUUUUAGGUACCCUUUUCAACAAAUACCAGAGAACCAAUCUUCUCAAACAAUUAAACUCAGGAGUCCAUAUGCACUGAACAUGGCAGGGGACACCAUGGAAAACCCAGAUAGGGAUUCAAGAGAGCAAAAUCCUCUAACUGAUGAACAGUGGGUAGCCAGGUUUUCUGAUGUCAUCCUUGCCACCAUCUUGGCGACAAAGUCAGACAUGUGCGGGAAAAAGUUUGAGCUGAAGAUCGACAAUGUGUGGUUCGUCGGACACCCAACCCUACUGCAGCAUGCCCAUGGGAUUCAGGUAUCGAAAACAGACCCAUCACCAAAGAGGGAAAUGCCUACAAUGAUCCUCUUCAGUGUUGUUUUUGCAUUAAGGGCGAACGCAGACCCCUCUGUGAUCAGCUGCAUGCACAACCUGUCCCGGCGCAUUGCCAUUGCCCUGCAGCACGAAGAGCGCCGCUGCCAGUACCUGACCAGGGAGGCUAAGCUCAUGCUGGCCAUCCAGGAUGAGGUGACCACCGUGGGUGAGACUGAUGGAGAACCGCAGUCUCCUUUUCACCACAUUCUCCCGAAGUGCAAACUGGCCAGGGACCUAAAGGAGGCUUAUGACAGUCUGUGCACCACGGGAGUUGUGCGCCUGCACAUUAAUAACUGGCUGGAGGUGAGCUUUUGCCUGCCUCAUAAGAUUCACUGUGUCCGGUGCAAUCACAUCCCUCCAGAGGCUAUAGAACGCAGCCUGAAGGCAAUCCGGCCCUACCAUGCCCUCCUCUUGCUGGACGAUGAGAAGUCAUUGCUGAGUGAGCUGCCGUUAGAUUGCUCCCCAGCCCUGGUGCGAGUGAUUAAAUCCUGCUCCGCCAUCAAGAACCUGCAGCAGCUGGCACAGGACGUGGACCUGGCCCUGUUACAGGUCUUCCAGCUUGCAGCCCAUUUGGUGUACUGGGGCAAGGCAAUCCUUAUCUAUCCACUAUGUGAGAACAAUGUCUACAUGCUCUCUCCAGAUGCCAAUAUUAGUCUCUACUCCCCGUUAGAAGAGCAGUUUGCACAGCAAUUUCCAGGUCACGACCUACCAUCCAUGCUGGCCAAGUUCUCCCUUCCUGUGUCCCUGUCAGAGUUCAAGAACCCCCUGGCUCUUCCUGUACAGGAGGCCCAGCUGAUUCAGAUGGUGAUCUGGAUGCUACAGCACCGCUUGCUGGUGCAGCUGCACACCUAUGUCUGCCUGCUGGCGCCCCCUGCAGAGGAGAAGCUGCCACUGGCCGCCCGAGUGGGAGGAAGGAAUCUCAGCACACCCAGUGCACUCAGCUUCGGAUCCCCCACCAGCAGUGAUGACAUGACCCUGACCAGCCCCAGCAUGGACAACUCGAGCACAGAGCUGGUGCCGGGGGGAGACACGCCACUCAAUGCCAGGAUAACCGAGAGCCUGCUGGCCAGCUUGUCCAAGCGAGAGCGACUCGCCAUACUCAAUGUCCCUGCAGCCCAGAACGCAGAGGACCUCUGCAUGUUCGCCCGGCUGCUGCUCUAUUUCCGAGGGUGCCACCACCUGGAGGAGAUCAUGUACAACGAAAACAUGCGGCGCUCGCAGCUCAUGACCCUCUUUGACAAGUUCCACAGUGUGCUGGUCGUGACAAGCCACGAGGACCCCAUCAUCUCCCUCUUCCAGUCUCCCCUCAGCUGAGAAGCACAAUUCAGGACCGCAGCAGUGUAAGAGUCAGGCCACAAGGGUGGAACUUUGGAACAGUCCUGGCAAUAUAUUUUUAAAACCCUUUAUCAGUUCACAAAGAAACAUAGCAGUGAGCUAAUGCUACAAAACCCCAUUGAGGUUGUUCUGUGAAUUUGCAAAUAAUAAUAAUAAUAAUAAUACUGAUAUAAGACAUGGCAACCGUGUCAUGAUACUACCAGUGUGUUGCAGUUAAAGAACAGAGGUCAAAACUAUAUGUUAAAAUUAUGAAUACAGCAAUUUACAAAAUGUAUGUGUAUAAAAAUAAAUAAGGUUUUUACAUAAUGUAUUUGUUGAAAUGCCAGGUAAUCCAAAUACUAACGUGAAGGAAAUACUUUUGAGUUACUUAAAAUCAGUACUGAUUUUAGAAAUCAGUACUGUGAGUGCAACAGCUUCUUAGAAUGUUGAUCAGAAGAGCUGGGCUCCACAUACCCCUUUUUGUAAUUAAUUAGAAAAAUCUAAUCUCCAAGAAUACAUCAAACGAGAAGCCCCAGGGUGUGUUCCACCACAUGGCGCCACCAGGGCCAAGUGAGGCGAAGGCUCACAGCAUGUUGAUUUCAGCCAGCAUUGUGACAUGUGUCUGCCAGUCAUUCACCCUUUAGAACUGGAGGUCUCCUAUUGUUGUUCAUUAGGACAUAGUUAAGUUUAAUUAGUUUUACAGUGACUGUUAGCUCUGCCAUUAAAUAAUAAAAUGUAUUCAAUUAUAAUGCAGAACAUAACCAGGCUUUUAGUGAUGAUCCCAGGGCUUGUUUUAACUCAUAAACAUGCCUAAUUCUAUUAGAUAAUACAUGAUCUUGAUAAAUUGACCUGUGUUAAUGUACCAUUCAUGCAUUCAGAUUUGGGGAACUAGAAUUCCCCUAUCUAAUAAAUAACAAUUCAACUCAA